AUGGGCACGACAACUGAGUAUUUUCGCUCUCAGAUUGGAGAAGCGUCCGUCAUCGACUAUUCACACACUGAUUUCCCAUGGAAACUCUUUGUCAAAGAUGUCUACUACUUUUUCGUCUACAUCUGGGCUCUGCCUUGGAUCGUCUGGCCCAUGUACCCUUUUGGAUCCAAGGAAUUCGAUGAACUCUACCCAACUCCGCAGAACCUCUUUUGCGUCCUUGUCCACCUGGUUCUAGCCAUCCUACAGCUAGCCUUUAUCCUUGCCUUGCCCUUUUCGGUGGUCUUGCCAGUUUGGAUGGCGGCGGCGGGUAUUUCCGGGUUCAUGGUCCUCAAUUCGCUGCUUUGCAAGCUGUUGAACGGCUCUAAGGACACCUACAACUCGGAUGAAAAGUACGCCAAGGCGCUGCCUGAACAUGAGCAUGAGCAGUGGAUUUUCCUGAAUGGUGUUGCUGUCGGGGAGCAUUGGAUGCAGGCAAAUCUGAACCGUCUAGCUCUCACCUUUGGCCGUCCCAUCCUAGGAGUUCACAAUCGAACUUCCGGUGUCAUUUUUGAUGUCGUUGAGUGUCUAAUUCAGCGUAAUUUCGGUUACGCAACUGGAGAUGUUCGGAUCGCCUUCAAGAUUCUCAAAGAUGUCUUGUAUGACCCCAGCAAGUCCAAGGUCAUCUUUAUCCUGCACUCUCAAGGAGGAAUCGAGGGUGGCUUGGUUCUCGACUGGCUGCUUCAGGAGCUGCCGCAGGAUCUAUUGUCUAAACUCGAAGUCUACACUUUUGGCAACGCCGCGAACCACUUCAACAACCCCCAUCGCCACAGAUCUUCGCAAGCUCUGUCGUCGCUCAAGCCCCUGUCUGCCAUGAGUACCGUACUCACUGAGACAACCAUCGACUCUCCCACCAGUAUUCCUCUAGACACCAAGAAAGGCUUGAACGUCAGCAUCCCCAACCUCCUCAAGAAAGAGAAUUCUGUGGCGUCAUCUACCCGCUCCUUCUCAGCCGCGAAAGACCGCGCAUUGAGCCAUGUUGAGCACUAUUGCCAUGGUACAGAUUUCGUAUCGAUCUGGGGAAUUCUGCAUUUUGCGACUAACCGGAUGGGGUCCCACGACCUGCCGCGCUUCCAGGGUCGACUCUUUUCCAGGGCCAACGGCAAGGGAGGUCAUCAGAUGAACCAGCACUACCUCGAAGGCAUGUUCCCCCUCAAGGCGGACCCCAAGACUGGAGAGUAUACCGGCGCCGACGAAGACAACGAGUUCAUGAACGAAGUGAUCAAGAUUGGCCAGGAGGGCGAGGCCUCAGCCAACGCCCGUGAAGCAUUUGAGAUCAGCUGGGCCGGCACACAGGGUUUCGGAACUGGAGAGAUCUCGACACCCGUGGAAGUGCAUGGAGUCUCGAGUAGGGAAAAGUCGAGACGUAGCGAAGUGCGUGUGAAGGAUGUCAGUCGUCUUUGGGCGUACAGGAAUGGCCAGAGCCCGGUGGAGAUACCCCCUAUGCUGAUUACCGAGAAUGGUGUCCCGCGAACAGCCACCUUGUAG